GCCAUGUGAUGGUCAAGCAUCCUUCGCUUUCUACAUUGCUUUAUCACCUGUACAAGUCAACAGUACCACAUCAAGCUGCCGGAUCACUCCGGUACUAAGCACUUGUCAAUUUAUAGAAUCAUUUAGACAAGCUGGUGUAGAGUAGAGGCUCACAUUGUACUGCCAGGCAGUUGCAGUUGAAGAUAUUUACAGUAUAUGGAUUUGGGAAACAUGGAAUCUGGGCAUCAGAUUUCCAACAUCACAGAGGAGUGGGCAAAGAGCUUUCGAAGAUUGCACAUGCAAUUCUUUAUCAUCCCUACUACUGUUUUCACUCUGGCCACUCUGAUAGCCAACUUCAUUCUCCUGGCAUGCAUCUUCAUGACCCACGCUUUGUGCCAAGAAACACGCUACUUACUGGUGGCUAACACCCUGAUAGCAGAUGUACUGUUCCUCAUUUUUCAUCUGACCACACAGUUUUGUAAUGCCACUGGAGUUGUAAUGUCCUGGAUAGUUUGUGAACUGGUUACAACUGUCAUUGCCACUGCCUACUGCGCUGCCAUCCUCAGCAUCACACUCAUGGUGGCUGAUACAUAUGCUGCUGUACGUUGGCCGUUGAGAUACAGAGAAUUCCUGCCACCAGCUCGAACUCACCACAUACUACUUGGGAUGUGGCUCUUUGCAGCGAUUUACCCAUUAACUCUUGUAAUUUUGAUGGUCAAUGGCAGCAAGCAAGAUCAGGAAGUUAAUAUGUGUCUUGUCCUCAUCUUUCUUGGGUUUGUAAAGACGAAUAACACAGUUGGCAACCACAUGUAUUUUUUGGUUGCCGCCACUGCUUGUGCUUUACUGAUUUUUUACUGCUAUAUUCGGCUCUAUAUGGUGACAAAGACUCAAGGCAUCUGGCAAAGGCGCUUUUCCAGAGCUAGAGUUACCCUCCUUGUUCAUGCCAUUCUCCUGCUGCUAUACUUUGCUCCCACCUUUGUCUUUAGUGUGGAGGUGAUCUUGUUCCACAGGAAAGACGAUGUUCAGGUGUGGAUCAGUACAAUCAAUAUGUCUAUUUUCAUGCUCUUGCCAAGGGCUUGUGCUCCUUACCUGUAUGGCCUCAGGUACAGGGAGAUCCAUGAAACAUUAAUACAGCUGUUGUUUCACCCCUGGAGCUUCAACUAGAUUACAGUCUUGUAAAUAUAGUAAUAAUAAUAAUAGUUAUUUUCUUUGUUUAUU